AUGAACGCUCGGGAGAAGCGGAGUGUUGACGACAGUAACGGGGACGGCAGUAACGGGGAUGACGGUAACGGGGAUGACAGCUACGACUCUGGAUCCGAUUAUAGCGGGGAUGGAGGUGAUGAUUAUAACAGCGAUUCGUCCGGAAACGGAGGGGACGACUACAGCGAUGGAAAUUCUAACGACGGUGACUAUAGCGAGGGCGACGGUAGCGGCGAUGGUGACUAUAACGAAGGCGAUUACUCGCCCGAUAACGGGAGCACGGAGGGAGAUGGCGGCCGGAGGCAGCGGGGUUCAUCCAACGGUUCAGGAUCAAGCAGGAGGAAGAAGGGAAAGAAGAGAUCGAGCCGUAAGGGGAAGCACGGAAAGAAGGGGAAGAAAGGGGGGAAGCACAAGGGCGACUCGUCUCCGCCAAUCGCGAGCGAUCCAGCCGCCCAAUUGCCUCCAAUUACAAUCGUCCCGCCUUUCACGGUCAAAAAUCCCCCGGUAAUAUCAUUCCCGCCAAUAAUCACCAAUCCGAAACCGGUUGACCCGUCACCAGCACCCCCGGUGGGCCCCCUCAUACCCGAUAAUGUCAACCCGUUACCAUUCGAUCUCAUCCCCGUUCCGCAACGAACAACCACCGACUCGUUUACGCUUAACCCGUUUAAAGGCAGAGUCGCGAGUUUCCCGUUGGAGCCUAGCCGAAAGGACCCUAAAGCCGGUCUGAUAAAAAAGCCAAACCCGCCAGUGGUGAAACCGAAAGCGAAAGUGCCUACCCUCCCGCCAAACCCGAAAGUCCCGACGCUGCCGCCCGCGCCGAAACCGAAGGUGCAGAUCCCGCCAACGACGCCGCCGAAUGCGGGAGCAGUGGACCCGUCCGAUCCCAACAAUCCGUUCGCGAGUCCGUUUGACCCGCCGCCCGGCGCGAAUGGCCCGUUGACUCCGACUGACCCGAUUGACCCGCUGAAUCCGCCGUCGCCGUCGCCGCCGGUGGUUGCUCCCAAGCCUUCUCCGCCUCCUGAUGAUGGUGCCGGCAUUCCCAACACCACCGUCCCACAAAUGCUCCCUGAUUCCUACAACGCCUCAGCAGUCAUCAAGCCAAAAACCACCACCACCACAACCGCCCCUCCUGCUCCCCCCAACGACUCUGGGGUAAACACAAUGAUGGUCGUGCUCAUGGUGACGAUUCCCCUGGCUGCAGCAGCGGUGAUUACAAUGGGUUUGCUGGGGUGGAAUCAGUACAGGAAAUGGAGUAUGAGCGCCCAAGGCCCUGCCACUGCUGGGGGUGGGGGUGGUGGGCUUGGUGGGGGGGGAUAUGAGACCCUGCAAGGGGGGCCGUUCAACCGAUAA